AUGGCCAGCACACAAGCCAAAGUGGUGUCGACCAUCCUGGAAAAACAUGGCUACCAGCUCGGGCGAUACCUGGGCAAGGGAGCGUACGCGAUUGUGUGGGAGGCUUACUUCAAGAAAUGGAAAACCAAAGUGGCUGUUAAGGUCCUCCUCAAGGAGAAAGCUGAGACUGAAUUUCUGAACAAAUUCUUACCCAGAGAGAUCCAGAUCUGGAAAACUCUGCAACACACCAACCUGAUCAGCUUUUAUCAGUCCAUCGAGACGACAAACAGGGUGUACAUCAUUUUAGAAUUGGCUCCGGGCGGGGAGGUAAUGGAGAGAAUUCGAAUGAACGGAGCCUGUGAGGAGAAUCUGGCGGGCAAGUGGUUUGAGCAGUUAUGUCAGGGGAUGGCUUACAUUCAUAGCAGAGGUGUGGUGCACAGGGACCUGAAACUCGAGAACCUGCUCUUGGAUCGCAACAAUAACAUAAAGAUCUCGGACUUUGGCUUCUGCAAGAUGGGGGUCCCCGAGCCGGGCUGGAUGGCCAGCGUUCCUCUGAGCGAGACCUUCUGCGGUAGCUAUGCCUACGUGCCCCCCGAGGUCCUCCAGGGGUCCCCCUAUAACCCCUUCCUGUCUGACAUCUGGAGCAUGGGGGUCAUCCUCUUCACCAUGGUGACCGGCAAACUCCCCUUCGACGACUCCAACCUCAGGCGCCUCCUCAGGCAAAUGAUCAAAGGCCCCAUCUUCACUAGUCGUCAUCGCGGGAUCUCCUUGGCGUGUAAGGACCUGAUCACGAAGAUCCUCAGCCUGGCCCCCAAGCGCUGCUCUAUCCCUGACGUGUUCGAACACCCCUGGGUGGGGAUUUAUUCCUUUGGGCCGCCCAGCGUGGACCUGAGGCAGUUACACUCUCUCUAUCUGUAUCACAUUGGGAGGAAGGGAAUCAUUCCCACAGUGAGCAAAGAAAGCUCACAACAGAUCCCGACCGCCCCCAAGAAAUCCCGUCACACCUUCUCUGGGUUAUUUCGCUUCUAG